AUUGGAGGUGAGCCGCUGCUGGAUUGAGCUUGAAAUGUCAACUCAGAAAUGUCAUGAAUUGAAUUUGAAGAGAGCCACUAGUACCUUCAUCUAUACGGUAUCUCUUUGUUUCAAUGGCAUGAACCGCACCUGUGUUAAACUCGUGUGAGCAGAGAUUACCUUCACAUUGAGACAGACUGAAGUUCACCCGUCCGUUUUGCCCUACACAGCAGCAGCAGCAGCAGCAGCAGCAGCAGCAGCAGCGCGCGGGCCUGCGCUAAUCAGCGCGGAUAAAUGAUUCAAGCCAAAGAACAGUCAUUUUUUAGUUUGAUCAAAUAGUUUUUCAACCAUGAGAAAGGACGUGAGGAUAUUACUGGUCGGAGAACCCAAAGUGGGGAAGACCUCCCUGAUCAUGUCACUUGUCAGUGAGGAAUUCCCUGAUGAGGUCCCUCUCCGAGCGGAAGAGAUCACCAUUCCUGCUGAUGUUACACCUGAGAGAGUGCCCACUCAUAUAGUGGACUAUUCAGAAGCAGAGCAGACAGAUGAGCAGCUUUACCAAGAAAUAUUAAAGGCAAACGUUAUAUGCAUAGUCUAUUCAGUAAACAACAAGAAGUCAAUCGAAAAAGUGACAAGUCAUUGGAUUCCCCUCAUCAAUGAACGGACCGAUAAGGACAGCAGAGUACCAUUGAUCCUGGUGGGGAAUAAAUCUGACCUGGUGGAGCACAGCAGCAUGGAGACCAUCUUGCCCAUCAUGAAUCAGUACUCUGAGAUAGAGACCUGUGUGGAGUGUUCAGCCAAAAACCUGAAGAAUAUCUCAGAGUUGUUCUACUAUGCCCAAAAGGCCGUUCUACACCCAACCGGACCUUUAUACUCCCCUGAGGAGAAAGAGAUGAAGCUAUCUUGCAUCAAAGCACUUACUCGCAUUUUCAAAAUAUCUGACUUGGACAAUGAUGGCAUUCUUAAUGACAAUGAGCUUAAUUUCUUCCAGAGAACUUGCUUUAACAUACCCCUGGCACCUCAAGCCCUGGAGGAUGUUAAGAAUGUUGUGCGGAAAAAUAUGUCAGAUGGAGUAAAGGACAACGGCCUCACACUGAAGGGCUUUUUGUUCCUUCAUACACUCUUUAUUCAGAGAGGAAGGCAUGAGACCACAUGGACCGUGCUUAGGAGGUUUGGUUAUGAUGAUGACCUGGACCUGACCCAAGAAUAUCUGUUUCCCUUAUUCAAAAUACCUCCAGACUGCACCACAGAGCUGAACCACAACGCAUACCUCUUCCUCCAGAUUGUCUUUGAUAAGCAUGACAAGGAUCGAGACUGUGCCCUGUCUCCAGAUGAGCUGAAAGACUUAUUCAAGGUCUUUCCUUACAUGCCUUGGGGCCCUGAUGUCAGCAACACGGUCUGCACCAGUGAGCAGGGCUGGAUCACUUACCAAGGCUACCUUUCCCAGUGGACGCUAACAACAUAUCUGGAUGUGCAACGCUGCUUGGAGUACCUGGGUUACCUUGGUUACUCCAUUAUUCAAGAACAGGAGUCACAAGCAGCAGCUAUAACAGUCACCAGGAAUAAGCGCAUUGACCUGCAGAAAAAACAAACCCAACGAAGUGUUUUCCGCUGUAACGUCCUUGGAGCUCGAGGCAGUGGUAAAAGUGGUUUUCUGCAGUCUUUCCUGGGCAGGAAUCUGGCGCAUCAGAAGAAGAUAAGAGAAGACCACAAAUCUUACUAUGCCAUUAGCACCACUUAUGUUUAUGGGCAGGAGAAAUACUUGCUUUUGCAUGAGAUGCUUCCAGACUUUGAGUUCCUCUCUGAGGCUGAUCUGGCCUGUGAUGUUGUUUGCCUGGUGUAUGAUAUCAGCAACCCUCACUCUUUUGAGUACUGUGCUAAAGUCUACAAGAAAUACUUCAUUGACAGCAAGACCCCAUGUGUAAUUAUUGCUGCGAAGUCAGAUCUGCAUGAAUCCCGUCAGUACUACAGUCUGUCACCAUUGGACUUCUGCCGAAAACACAAACUUCACCCGCCUCAGCCAUUCACGUGCAAUACAGCCGAAGCACCCAGCAAAGACAUCUACACCAAACUUGCCACCAUGGCCAUGUAUCCCCACGCCAAGUUACGCUGCAUGUGCACCUGCAACAUGUGUUCCUUUUGCAUCUGUCCCAACCUCCUGAACUCUGAGCUGGUGCGCUCUGUAAAGGCCAAACUCUACAGUGCUGUUCUGAACAGGUUGAGACCCUUUAUACAAGAUGUGGGCACAUUUGUGUUGGUGAGAGUCCAGCCACAGUCAUUUCAUGCAGUAAGCUUUGUAGAAAACUCAGUCUACAUGGAGUGGUCUGUCCACCCAUUUGUGGGUGGCUGUAACAGACACAUGACUCAAGUUGACCUAAAAAACUCUACAUUUUGGUUGCGGGCCAGUGUUGGUGCAACAGUGUUUGCUGUUCUUGGCUUCGCCAUGUACAAAGCUCUCCUCAAGCAGCGGUGAUCAGCAAAACCAGCAUGUUAAAACAACUCAGUCCUCCCCUGAUAAACAACAAAACCCAUAGUCCCUUAUUCAAUCCUUUUUACUUUUCAAGAGAAGACUAAAUGCAUAAUAACAGAUGGCUACAUUUUGUAUGUAGUUAAAGAGAUAGUUCCCCCAAAAUAUGAAUUUCUGUAAUUUAUUCACCUUCAUGUUGUUCCAAACACCUCUAUGGAACACAGAAGGAGAUGUUAAGAACCAUGUUAGCCUCAGUCACCAUUCAUUUUCAUUGGAGUGAGAAAAGAUGCAAUGAAUGUAAUUAAUGACUGAGGCUAACAUUCUAUUAAGCAUCUCCUUUUGCUUUGCACAGAAUAAAGCCAUACAAGUUUUGAAUAACAUGAGGGUGAUUUCAAUGAUAAAAGAAUGUUAAUUUUUGGAUGAACUAUCCCUUAAAACAGCCUUUCUCAAACCAUGUGUCUUUUUCCAUAAAGUGUUACAUGACCUGUUCCCUUAUCAGCCAUGUGGCAGAACAGGACAUUUACAGUAUAGCAGGGCCUGAAAUUGCAUCCUCUAGUGUUGGGGCAUGAGGUUUUUAAUGUAUGCACACUGAUAUUUUCCUCAGGUCAGUAUUAAUUGAUGUCACCUAUAUUGGAAAGACAAAGCAGAGGGACUAGGUUUACUUAUAGAUGAUAGAACACUAUGUUUAUAUAUAUAUAUAUAUAUGACAGUCCAGUGUUUAUAUAUAUAUAUAUAUCUAUCUUACUAGACAUUCUAAAAUUGCCUGUAGUUAGUGAACAAAAUAAUAUUUGAACUCUUCACAAUAGAGAUGCACAUGUGCUUGAGAAAGAAGCACUGAAAUAAAGCCAUUUCUCACAUGUAAAUGUAAUUUGGCUCAUUGUACAUUUGAAACUAUUAAUUUGUUUGUCUUUUGUCUGUUUUGCCAUUGCUUGAAGCAGGCAUAGAAUAAGGGAUUCUUUUUAUGCAGUCUUUUGUUUUUAUUUUGAUAAGUUAUAUUUUAUAUUUUCCUGUUUACCAUGGCCUUUAUAAAGAUUAUGCACAGGAAAAUCUCUGCAUUGAAUUCACCCCUUUUUAUGUUAUAGGGUUUGUUCACCCAUUUACUCACACUGACAUUGUAAACCCAUGUCUCUUCUGUAGAACACAUAGGAGCCACCGCCCCCCCGCCCCGCAACUGCCUCAACAUCUCUUUGUGUUCUACGGAAGUCAUAUGGUUUGGAACAACAUAAGGAUGAGUAAAUGAUGACAGAUUAAUUUUUGGGUGAACUAUCCCUUUAAGUAAUGGUGAACCAGACCAAUAAGACCUGCAUACUACAUUACAAAGACUUUAUCAAUUAUCUUUUCCUACUAACAAUCAUGUAUAGACAAAGUUACUAAAAUUCUGUUGUUUGUUGAAAUGUUUCAGAUCUUAUGCAUAUGUAACUUUCAGCACAAUUUUCCCCAUUCAAAACCAUAGAAUUGUUGCAUUUCUGAGUUUUCAAACAUUUACAAUAAAUAACU